GGCGGGCGGGGAGGGAGAGAUUUGCAUGAAAUUAUCACUUGCUAAUGUCAGAUGUGUAUCAGAUGCAAAUUUCUAAAUGAUUACAAUACUGUACUAUGAUUUUAAAAGGCACGCGAGAGCUCUCACCCAAGGAGGGAAAGGGAGUUUCUCUGCGCCUGCUCAAGCCACUGACUGACUGUUGAUAGGCAGCUGUUUUAUAGGCCUAUAAAACGCUGUACUAACCGCCCUUUCUACUGUUUGAUAGGCAACGUUAUAUAGGCUAUCGUCCAAACACACAGUCUUUCAUUUCUGGGCUAUAGAAAAACUUUAUACUGAGAAAGAAGCAUACAGACAAUUUGAUCCUCGCUUUCUUCCCUGGAAAUGAGAUUAAGAACAGAAUUCCUCAAAGAGUUAAAUGAAGAUUCACAGUGCAGUCCUACUCAGAAGUUGAAUCCCGUAGGAUUUACUCCUAGAUGGGUGUACAGCCUGAAUAUGGAAAGGUCCUCUAAUAAGCAAGGUCUCUCUCAUUAGUGAGCUAACUGGUUACAGGUGCUCCAAUGACCAGGUGUGGGGGAACUUUGGCUUGCUGGUUGUUACAGAACUGCAACUCCCAUCAGCCCCAGAAAACAUGCUCAGUGGUCAGGGAAGAUGGGAGUUGUGGUUUGUCAACAUCUAGAGGGCCAAAGGUUCCCCUUACCUUCAGAAUACUAUAAAAUCCAGGCAGGCUUCAUGUUAAGGAUGCUGGGAAUUGUAGCUCCAUAAGGGACAAGCUACAGUUCCCAGGAUUCUUUACAGAAAGUAUGUGCUUUAAAUGUGUGGGUGUGAUCUUUGUCUGGAUUCCAGUAUUUCUUGGUGGUGUUUAACUGGAGAAGUAAGGAUGGCAACUGAGGGACCUCUUGAGGAGCUUAUUGAUGCAAUGACUUGUCCCAUCUGCCUGGGAUAUUUCAAAGAUCCUGUGAUGUUGGACUGCGGGCAUAAUUUCUGCAAAGCCUGCAUUGUCCAGUCCUGGCCUGAAUCUGAGGAAGCCUCUGCUUGCCCUGAGUGCAGGAGACUCUUUCAGCCAAUGGACAGCAGGCCAAACUGGCAACUGGCAAAAGUGGUCCAUCUUGUCAAGCUGUGGGUGGAGAGAUGCACAGAAAGGAGAAGAGAGGUGUGUAAAAGGCAUCGGAAGCCCCUGAAGUUCUUUUGUAAGGAUGAUGAAGCCCCGCUUUGUAUGGUGUGUAAACGGACCAAGGCGCACAGCGGCCAUAAGGUAGCCCUGUUGGAGGAGGUUGCCCGAGAGCUCAAGGAGAAAACCAAAGCCCAGCUGAAGGCUAUGGAGGAAGAGAGGAAGAACCUUGAGGGCUGCAAAAUUACUCAAGAGCCGGGAAGAUCAGAAUGGCUGAAAAUGUGACUGGACCCAGGCAUAGCGCCCUAUCCCCUGUCAAUCUUUCUGAGGACCCUAAGGGUGUGAGACGCAAGGCGUAAAAGAUUUGGAACCUGCCUGUCCACCCUCUGAUGUUGUACAAAACACAAAGGAAUCCAACUCCCACGAGCAUCACUCUGAAGACAGAGGGACCACCAGGUUGUGAGUCCUCGGAAACUUUAGUCCCAUCCCAUAAUUCAAUGUGCAUGUUCAGUCAUGGGUGGGGAGAUGGCAGGCUCCACCUCCCCACCUGUAAACUUGCAUUUGAACUCCCAUGUAAAAUUCCCACGUAGAGGGAUCUGUUCAGGAAUUCAAAUGCACAAACUGAGUUACGAACCCUAUGCUUCUGUUGAGGAAGCCUUAAUACUUACGUUUACCUAGUUCAUUCUAGGUUCUUAAAUUCCUUCUAAACUAACACUUUUGCCCAGGGAGAAGACUGGUUUUUUUCUCUGGACUUUUAGAGGAUUUUUUAGAACUUUAAUUUCAGCCUUGCUUUGUGAGGUUUGGAUUGAUCCCUAAAAUAAACUGUUGGGAACAAUUCUUUAACAUGCCUCAGGCAGGGAGUAAAUACACACCUUAGUGACCAGAGUCCUUUACUUGCAAUGGUUCCUUGAGCGAACUGAUAAGUGUUUUAAUGCCAUCUCAUCCAUCUUACAUUUUUAUGUGCUCAUCAGAUAUUCUGAUCAAGUGGCAUCUCUUUGCUGAGGUUUGUUCUUAUAUAUUUGUGGGGUGGGGGUUGGUUACAUAUGAGCACUGAAAAAAUAAAAAUAAAGCUUUUAACAAACUAA